UUGAUGUGUAAUGUAUUGCUGAUAUGUAAUGUAUUGUUAAGUAUUUUUUUGGCAUUUGCUUUCUGUCUUUCAUGUUAAAGGAAUGCCAAAUAUGUUUUUCAUGUUUGAGUUCUUUCUUGGGGGCUUAAGGCAUAAUGUAACGUAAUAGAAGUCAAUUGAAAUAUCUAAAUUUAGAUAGACUUAAACUUUUCUCUAGUAUGAUUGGGGGGGCAUUUUUGGUGAACUCAAAAUGUCUUGAGUUUUGUAUUGGUUAUACACUUAUGCUUUCCCUUUUGUAAGUUGGUGCACAUGUAUAUAUGCAUACACGUAUGUGUGUGGGUGCAUAUUAACAUAUACUGCAUGUGGAAGCCAGAUGGCUUAGGGUUAGGGUUAGGGUUAGCAGAGGUCAGUGCCCUAUGUCUUCUUCAAUCACUUUUUAUCUGUUUUUGUUGUUGUUGUUGUUUUGUUUUUGUUUUUUUGUUUUUUGAGAUAGGGUCUCUCAUCGAACUUGGUGCUUUCCAAUUCAAUUCACCUAACAGGCUACCAAGUCCUGGGAUUUUCUUGUCUCUGCCUUCCAGCCCUGGGAUUACAGGCCCACAGCCUCACAAAGUAGAUACUGAGGAUCAGAUUUGUGGCAAUCAUUUAAUCAUUUUACUGCUGUCUCUCCACAAAAGAUUUCCAUUUUUAUGCAUGGAGAAUAAAAUUCUGAUUCAUGGAGGAAGAGGCUUAAGUAUCUCCUCAUUCAGUCUGCACUCUGUCAGUUUUCAGUGUUUUUCUUCCCUCUUUUUCUUUCUUCCUUCCUCCUCCUCUCCCUUCUUCUCCCCCUCCUUGUUUUUUUGGCUGUUGUUACUGUAGUUGGAAUCCAGCACCUUGUAAAUGGUACACAAGCCCUCUCACAAAACUACAAUGUUGCUGUGACCCUCUUACUUAUUUUCAGACCUUGCUAGGUUUAGGGAAAGCUAGUGUUUAGUGAUCUGUUUUUGAUAGGAGCUUCUAGAGUUCUUACCUCCCCUCAUAGCUUUGGCCAUUGGUAGAGCCCCCUCUACCAUUCUUUUUUUUUAACUUGUUGCCAAGUGCUUCUUGAAAUACGUUUUUGGCCUUCCAGAUCUUUCUAGCUGUUUUAUCUUACUUUCAUUUAAAGAAAAGAAAUUACGCCUUGGAAAAACCUCUCCUGACUGCCUAGGAAUAAAGCUCAGCGGUAGAGAAUUUGCCUAACGUGGACAACAAAACCGAACAAAACAAAACAAAACCAAAAAACCAAAAACCAAAACUUCUCGUUUAUAAUUUUUAUAGGAUUAAGGGGAUGAAAUGAGGUAUCUUCAGUUUGUAUCUUAGUUUUCUUUUCUUCUUCUUUUUUUUAAUUACAAGCUUAUUCUAUUUUAUGGAGUGGAUCAUGUGUUUUAUUUAAUGGGUGUGGGGGACAUUGAGGGACUUGAUUCUUGCCAGUCACUGUGUGGGCCCCAGGGACUAAACCCAGGUUGUUGGAUAUCCUCAAAGAAGUUUUUACUGAGACUGCCUUGAGGGAGUCGAGGACAAGGACAGAGAUGCAUGCCCUUUGAUUCAGGUCCCAGGGAGUAAGUGGGCCCAGCUCUGCCUUCUGUAAUUGCUGCAGGGAGGGAGGGAGGGAGGGACAGGGCCUCCAGAAAAGGAAGCGGGUUGGCAUGAGAAAGUGGAAAGUUGUGUUUAAAGUUUGUUUAGGAUUUUGGUCAGUAACCUAAGAAAUAAAAUUACAUUACAUUGUUUGAAUUAUAACCUAGAAAAGCUAGUGAAGCCAUGAAGAUGUAGUGUGUAUGUUAGAGCCCUUUUAUACCUUUUCAAAAGAAGUUUUCAAUAAUUUAUACACGUUAUUCCACUAAUGUGGUAAAUAAAAAUUAUAGUAGCUGACUCAAGUGAAUUUCUUCCCUCUUGCAAAUGAUUAUAGUUCUGGAUAUAAAAAUUGGUUUGUAACUCUUGUUUUCAGGGCUAUCUAGAUUCUUGAUUGUGAUAUUACUUUAUCAUUUACAAAUUCAUUAGACCAGAUUCUUAGAGCAGAGCCAUCCUGACUGCAGGUUGUAGUUGGGACAUGUCUGCAUCACUGUCGUGAUGAGAUGAGAAGACUGUGACAAAGCAUGCUAUUUUCUCCUUGUGAGAUGAAAUGUGAGAUUGUCGAGGAACCAGUUACCCAAUUAAAAUUCUUUCCAAGUCAUUUAUUUUUACAAAUAAAUGAUGUGGCUUUGUAAAUAAUCUCAUCUAAAAUUUCCUAAAAGAUUUCUUGUGACAUUAAGUUAAGCCAUGUUAGACUUAGAAAUAUUAAUAGAAUUUAAAAACAAGUAAUUAAGUUAUUAUGUGAAAAUGUCAUAAUGAAAUCUGUUAUAUUUUAAUUAAGAAACAGUGCUACACAAGCCUGACCUUAGGUCUGUUCCUGAAACCUACUUUGGAAGGAGAGAACUCCUGGAAGUAGUCCUCUAAUAUCCAUGCAAAAGCCAUGGGCAUGCAUAUGUGCUCAUAUAUGUGCUCAUAUGGGCAUAUGCAUAUGUGAAUAUGUGCAUUCGUGUACAUACACGAUGAUGAUAAUGACAAUUGAACAGUAAUAAUACAAAGUUGAAACAAUAUUUCUAUAGCUGUCUUAGAACUCAAUUAUUCUAUGCAAACAGUAGACACUACAGUCCUUCUCAAAACACUAAAAAUGGGAAUGUGCUGUAUAAAAGCACAUUCUUUACCACAUUGAACUCUGAACUGUAGUCUUAUAGGAGAAAAUUAGGAAAAAAAGAGACAUUGUAAGUGAAGGUUCACAAAAUGCACAGUUUGCUGAGUUUUUAUGUCAGAAGCAGAAUAAUGAGAAUCUCAAAGUACUGUGUGAGUUGAGAUAAUUUUAUACUAUUGAAUAGAAAAAUGAUAUUCUAAUGGAAGACAAAUUAAGGUGCAGUUUCUGAUCUUCUGAUUUUACAUGGUAUGUGAAGAGAGAGUGUUGAAGUGUGGUCAAUGAAGUGGAGAUAAGAGCUAGAGAUCUUGAGAGCAGUUACCUCAGGUUUGGAUGAUGGACACAGUGAGGAGAAGAGGGUUGGCUGUUAAGGAGAGGACCAUUAGUGUUAGUUCUGAAUGGUGGGUGUUCUAGCCCAUGUUUGUUAACCCAGGACUUUGGAAGGCAGAUGCAUGAAGAAUGCUAUAUGUUUUAGGCUAGUCUAGGUCUAAAGAGUGAGACUGUCUCAACCAAACAAAACCUGUUGAAUCCAGACGAGCCUAGACUAGAAUUUAUCUGUUGAGUUGGACUGUUGUUUUUCUGGGACACGGAACAAAAGGUAUAAGCCACGACAGCAGCCUGAUAUUCUCUUUUCUUGUUUUUAUUAGAAGGAGAAAACCCAGUAUCUAAACAGGUUGGCUAAAAACUGUAUGGAUGAGUGUACAGCUAGGUUAUUUUUCAGCUUUUAUUGAAGUUUGACUGUUAUUUAGUCUCUGAGCCUGUUAUGGAUAUCACAGAUUGGUGGUAAAGCCUGCCAUUAGACUCAGUAACAAUUGAGAUAGUACCCAAGGUUUAUCAGGUUAGCUAUACUGUGAGCACAUCUAUUCAGAACAGUCGUAGUUUACUAACAUCUUGAUUUUAUUGAAUAAACGAAACCAUCCUCAGCCACAAUGCUCUAAGGCUCCUGUGGCUUGGCCAGGUAAGGUAUCACAAAUACCUUCGGGGGGUAGAUGCAGGAGGAUUGCGAGUUUGAGGGCAGCUUGAAUGUACUGUGGAUUCAGGGUUUUGGUUAGUGAGAUUGUCCCAAAAAAAUACAAAACAAGGGUUGGUGUCAUACUUCAGUGAUAUGAAGCAUGUAGUAUGGUCAAGGCCCAGGCUUGACCCCCCCCCCCAGACUAAUUUUUUUUUUGUAACUUUUAUUUUUAUUUUUAUUUUAUUUUAUUUUGUUUUCUAAUAUAGCUUUUAAGACAGUUUUCACAGACAUUGUCCAGUUCAUCUCAUGGAAACUUGAAUAAUGUCUCUUUUAAGACUGAGUAAUUAAAAAAAUGUAUAUGUAAUAUAUCAAGUGUAUACAGAAAUAGAAUGAGAUAAGGAAACACGUGAAUUAUCAUCUCUUGCGGCCAGUCUGUCUGUCACCUCUCUUAUGCCUUAAACAGUCGUAGUAAGUGCCCACAUUUAGAUAGCACAACACAAGAACACUGAGCUUGAACCCGUGUGCGGAAGGAUGGAGGAGCCUGGCUCCAGAGCUGCUGGAGCCUGAGAAGCAGAACAGGCCCUUUGUGUGCCUUGGGGCCUUUCUUCUGCCAAGUUUGCUGGGGUGUUCUCAGAUGUGGCUUGAUUAUACCUCCCCACUUCCGGACUAGGUUGCACCCUUUGUCCUCCGGUUCCCCUUCCCUGGGAGUCUCUGGUCUUCAUUGACUUUAUACUAGUACCAUUGACUUUAUACUAGUAGCUCUGUGUAUCCUGGGAGUGUACUCAGGACAUUCAGACUACAAAGAGAUAUUUAAUUUUAUGGGAACUUAUUAAAAUAUGCUUUGUUACCACCUUAGUUUUUAAGACUGUAUCAUUCCAACUAAAAAAUGUGGUUGUAAAGUCUAACCAUUCUGCUAGAUUGAGUACUUUUGAAGCUUAGAUUUUGUCAAAACAAUUUAAUUAGCUUUUUAAAAUUAAAAUCAACGUGAUCAAAUGAAUAUAGGAUUUAGACAGAUUUGACACUCUUCUUGUGAUGGCCGUGUUCCAUUAAAGGUAAAAUAGAAAAGGUAAAUAGAAAGAAAAAGGGGCUCUUGAGUGGGGUUCGAGGGACUGGCUUUCUCCUCUCUUUUCUGGACUGAAAUGGAGGCUUGCUUUCAGGCAAUUCCCUGGUGUGCACUCUGCGUGAUUUGGCUCUAUCUCUGUUACUGCUAAUACGUGGCCUGGAUUUCAAGUUGUUUGGGAUCGGAAUGUGCCCAGACUCUGUAUUGCAAGUCCGGAUUCCCAGGCAUUUUGUUGCAAAACUGGCUUGCUGCCUUCUUUUUUCUUUUCUGUGUCCUAAGUGGCUGCAUUGUUUGUUGCAGUAUAUGCAUUAGCUAUCUGUGUUCAGUUUAUUGCAGCCUGACAAAGUGGGAGGGGCUUGCUUUGCUCCAUGGCUGAGUUUUCACUGUGUGAGUUCUUCAGUGCACAGUGCAGCCAUCUUAAUUACACUUUUGUGCAACUGAGACUGUGCAGCUGUCUCAAAAUGGCUGCUAACCCAAUCCCUGAAGCUGCAUAGGCAGCAAGUGUGCCAGUGAGGAGACUUGUCACAUGCACCAGGAUCAGAGAUUCAGAAUGGAUAGUGUAGAAGAACCUCAGAAAAAAGUCUUCAAGGCUCGGAAAACAAUGAGAGCGAGCGAUCGCCAGCAGCUCGAUGCUGUGCACAGAGUCAAGGGGGAGCUGCUGAGAGCCGACGGGAAGCUGCUGAACGGGAGCCAUGAGAAUGGAGACUUGGAUCCCACUUCACCCUUGGAAAACACAGAUUGUAUUCAAGAUCGAGAAGAAGUGAAUGGUAUUGAUGGGAUUUGUUUUCAGUCAGAAGAAAGUACAACGGAAUGGAAAGAGACCCCUUGUAUGCCCAAUGUUGCUGUAAAAAACAAACAAGAAGAUUUGAAUAGUGAAGCUUUGUCCCCCAGUAUAACUUGUGAUCUUUCUUCUAGAGUAACCACUGAACCAGGUUCUGGUAGUCCAGCCUCUGAUAACCCAGGCUGUGGUACCCCAGUCUCUGAUAACCCAGCCUCCGAUAACCCAGCCUCUGACAACCCAGCCUCUGACAACCCAGACUCUGGUGAUCUGGCUGCAGGAGAGCUGGCCACUACAGUACAGGCUACUGGUGACUCUGCCUGUGAGGAGCCUCCCUCCAGUGAUCCCUCUUCCAGUGAUCCCACUUCCAGUGAGCCCUCUUCCAGUGAGCCCACCUGUAGUGAGCCCAUCUCUGGAGAUCCUGUUUCUGAAGAAGCCGCCUCUCAUGAUCUUGUCUCUGGUGAUUCCACUUGUAGCGAGCCAGUUUCUGGUGAGCCGGUGUCUCAUGAAGCAGCUUCGAGUGAGCCAGCUACAAGUGAGCCAGCUUCAGAUGAACCGGUCGCAAGGGUCGUGGCGGCCUGCGAACUGGCUCCUGGGGAGUCAGCCUUGGAUGAUUGUGCCCCCUCCGGUGAUUCACAGUCUGAUGAGCCACCUUCUAGUGAGGACUCCCUUCCUAGGUCUGUCUGCAGCGGACUGGCUUCUGGUGAGCUGACUCCUGGGGAGCUCUCUGUGGAACCAGCCACCGACACUGUUAAACCAAGCUCAUCGGCAGUUUGUGAAGCAGGUCCUGACCCUGACAAGACAGAGCCGAGUAGCAAUAACAGUGAUGAUUGUCCAGGCAAGAGUGAAGACGACGAACACUUAGACCAAAUUCAAAGUAAAGACUCCUGUGAUGAGGGAAAUAAAGUGAACAGUAAUGUCGUCGAGAAGGAAGAACCUCUCGAAACACACAGUGCAAUUAUUUGUUCUGAUCUACCUCCAGAAAACACAACGAAGAUAGCGGAGGAUCCCAUCGCUGAGCCUGCUCUCGAGGAAGAGGCCAUCUCCAGCAGCAUGGAAGUUGACCAAAGCGAAAAGGAUGAGCAUAAAAGUCCUGCAGAACCUGUAGCCGCUGUCAGUGAGGACCCCGCCGAGGAGGACAAGGAGGAUACUGUCGUAGACAACACGGACUCCAUGGAAACAGAUGAGAUCAUUCCGAUUUUGGAAAAACUCGCACCCACCGAGGAUGAACUCAGUUGCUUUUCAAAAGCUUCUCUCCUUCCAGUCGAAACAAGUCAAGAUUUGGAGGAUAAAAUGGAGGGCUCUUUCGGCUCACCCUCGAAACAAGAAAGUAGUGAGAAUUUGCCAAAAGAAGCCUUUUUAGUCCUUUCUGAUGAAGAGGAUCUUUCGUGUGGAAAAGAUGAGUCCGAAGCUGUAGCGCAGAGUAAGAUGAGCACCCCAGAGGGAGAAAAGAGUGAGAAGGACGGCAAAGCUGAGGAAGAGGAGCGAGUUCCAGCCGAGGAGCAGCCACCUGUGAGAAGUACGUACGAUGAGUUUUCUAGACGAAAACGUUCUAAGUCAGAAGACAUGGACAGUGUAGAGUCCAAACGCCGGCGAUAUAUGGAUGAAGAAUACGAGGCUGAGUUUCAAGUAAAGAUCACAGCUAAAGGUGACAUCAACCAGAAGCUUCAAAAGGUCAUACAGUGGUUGCUACAAGAAAAACUGUGUGCCCUACAGUGUGCUGUGUUUGAUAAGACGUUGGCAGAAUUAAAAACUCGAGUGGAGAAGAUAGAGUGCAACAAGAGGCAUAAGGCAGUGCUCACCGAGCUGCAGGCCAAGAUAGCCAGGUUAACCAAACGUUUUGGAGCAGCCAAAGAUGAUCUUAAGAAAAGACAAGAAAGCCCUCCAAACCCACCCAUAUCACCAGGAAAGCCUGCCAAUGACACCAACAGCAAUAAUAAUAUGACCUACAGAAAUGCAGGCACAGUGCGACAACUGCUGGAGUCCAAAAGAAAUGUUAGCGAGGGUCCACCACCAUCCUUUCAAACUCCUGUGAAUACAGUGUCUUCAGCCAGUCACGCCACUUCUACAGCAGUUGUCAGUAGUCAGCCUAAACUGCAGACCUCAGCAACCUCGGGCUCUCUGCCGGCGGCACCUCUUCUUCCUGCGCCCAGCACAGCCACCGUAGUUGCCACUACUCAGGUGCCUAGUGGGACCCCUCAGCCUACAAUCUCUCUGCAGCCCUUGCCAGUGAUCCUGCAUGUGCCCGUUGCCGUGACCUCUCAGCCUCAGCUCCUGCAAAGUCAUCCAGGGACUUUAGUGACCAAUCAACCAUCUGGCAACGUGGAGUUCAUAUCUGUGCAAAGCCAACCUACAGUGAGUGGUCUUACCAAAAAUCCAGUAUCCUUGCCACCCUUGCCAAACCCCACUAAACCAAACAUUCCGUCAGUGCCCAGUCCUAGUAGUAUUCAGAGGAACUCUUCAACCACCGCCGCACCGUUGGGAACAACCCUUGCUGUCCAGGCCGUUCCAACCGCACAUUCUAUUGUGCAGGCCACAAGGACUUCUCUACCCACAGUAGGCCCGUCAGGACUCUAUAGCUCUUCAAGCAGUCGAGGCCCAAUACAGAUGAAAAUCCCAAUAUCCACUUUUAGCCCUCCAUCUUCAGCAGAACAAAAUAGCUCUGCCACCCCAAGAAUUGUUACAGAAAACCAGACAAACAAAACAGUAGAUUCUUCUAUUAAUAAGAAAGCAGCCGAUAGCACAUCACAGAGUGGAAAAGCUUCUAGCAGUGACUCAAGUGGUGUCAUUGAUCUCACGAUGGACGAUGAAGAGAGCGGAACUACACAAGACCCCAAGAAGAUAAGUCCUCCUUCUUCAUCAACUGUGAGCACUUCUCAGCCCAUGUCUCGACCGUUGCAGCCCAUUCUGCCAGCACCACCUCUUCAGCCAUCAGGCGUGCCCACAAGUGGACCAUCUCAGGCAACUAUCCAUGUUCUGCCUACAGCUCCAACCACCGUGAAUGUAACACAUCGUCCAGUAACUCAGGUGACCACAAGACUCCCUGUACCGAGAGCUCCUGCAAACCACCAAGUGGUUUAUACAACUCUCCCAGCGCCAACCACUCAGGCUCCCCUACGAGGAACUGUUAUGCAGGCUCCUGCCGUUCGCCAGGUCAAUCCUCAAAAUAGUGUUACAGUUCGAGUGCCUCAGACAACCACAUAUGUUGUAAACAAUGGACUGACUCUAGGCUCAGCAGGGCCUCAGCUCACGGUGCAUCACAGGCCCCCACAAGUGCACAAUGAGCCCCCACGCCCUCUGCAUCCAGCGCCCUUACCAGAAGCCCCACAGCCCCAGCGUCUGCCCCCGGAAGCUGCCAGCACUUCUCUGCCUCAGAAACCACACUUGAAGUUAGCACGAGUUCAGAGUCAGAAUGGCAUUGUUCUGUCGUGGAGCGUCCUGGAAGUGGACCGAAGCUGUGCUACUGUUGACAGCUACCAUCUCUAUGCUUACCACGAGGAGCCCAGUGCCACCGUGCCCUCACAGUGGAAGAAGAUCGGGGAAGUCAAGGCCCUGCCCUUGCCCAUGGCUUGCACUCUCACGCAGUUUGUGUCUGGCAGCAAGUACUACUUUGCAGUGCGCGCCAAGGACAUUUAUGGCCGCUUUGGGCCUUUCUGUGACCCACAGUCCACGGACGUGAUCUCUUCCUCCCAGAACAGUUAGACCUUGGAGUCGUUUAGCUUCUACUUUUGAAAGUUUCACAUCUUGGGCUUGUUUUUAAUCUUGUGCAUGAAAUCCACUGUAAAAAUCCACCUUGUGCAAGAUCUCCCGGACAUGUGACUGUAUACACUACGUUUGUUUAUAACCGGAAGCAAAAUAAAUUCAGCCCAUAAAGCAAGCCUUCCCUGAACAAUUCAAACUUCGGGGUUUUGAAAUGUAUAUUUAUUCCUUGCUUUUUGGUUUUGAGUUUUGAAACUGGGGAAUAUGUAUGGGUGUUUGUGUGUUUUCUUCUUUUGUUUUGAAUUUUUAAAUUUCUAGUUGUGUGUGUAUCACAGUGCGAUCUCCUGUUUUCCUCUCAAAUUUACCUCUCUUCCAGAAGGAAGUAUAUUGCUGAGCGAAUCUGAGGUGCAGAGCAGGUGUGAUUCUGCCUCCAGAGGAGGCUAGAAGGUCAAAGAAUCUAAAUAAAACCCGAAGGAAGGAAGGAAGGAAGGAAGGAAGGAAGGAAGGAAAGAAGGAAGGAAGGAAGGAAGGAAGGAAGGAAGGAAGGAAGGAAGGAAGGAAGGAAGGAAGGAAGGAAGGAAGGAAGGAAGGAAGGGAAAGAAAAGUAUUUAGCUUAAAGUAGAUGAAUUGGAGCAGAGGAGAUAUUCCCUCUGUGUAUUCUUUGAUUUCUUCUGAGUUGCUGACGAGGUGAACAGUGGCCUCACCCCGAGUUCCUAAUCUGGCUUCUCCUUUUGUGUUUGUGCCUUAACAGAAUCCACAGACCACGUCCAUUGUGGUAAAUUCCUCUUUCAGCUUCUAUUGGGUCUUCAUUGCCACCAAAAACCCCACACCCUUUAAGCAUUUUAGAAGCAAACUGUGAACAUGUGUUCUCUUCCUCCGUGACAUCUCUCAGUAAGUUGUGACUUACUGUUAUGUUUUAAGAACAUAUUUUUAUUUUUGCCCAUCUUUUAACUCUGCAUAAAAUAGGCCAUAUUGUUUAAGAACAAUUUUCUUUAAGCCUGUUUAAUAGCCAUGUUACAUUGCUAAAGAAUCGGAAGGGAGUCCUGGUUCAUCUCAGCACUCAUGGGAUAGAGUCCUUUCAAAGGCAGUGCACGUCAGACUCCAUGAAAGACCGGGGCGAAGCACAGUCUCCUCAGAUUCUCAGGAGGUCGUUCCUGCUUUAGUCUGAACGGUUUCGGUGGUGCCAAGUGGACUCUGAUUUCAUCAGCUCUGGGUAGAGCCUAAACGCUAUCCUCUGGGUCAUUCCACACUGCAGGUAGAUCUGCUUGCUUUACUAGUUCUUAUUCCUUCAAAAUGUUAGCAGACUCAGGCUCAGCCUUGCAUUUCCAAGGCAUGGCAGCUGCAGGGAAUCGAAUCAGGCAGGUGUUUUCGAGACCUGAGGAGAGGGCCAAGUGUUUAGGGAUGAGUGAGGCCUCUGGAGUCUGAAGGCACUGGUGAGCUGUCUUCCCUUACGGUAUUUUACGUCCUUGCAAAGUCUACCUUUGCAAGCUGCACCAGCCGUUUUGUUCACUUGUCCUGGUAUUAAAAGCAGGAGCUCCGUUCCCUGUGUGCAUUUGCCUCUAUGAUGGCUUGGCUUACAGAAGGAAUCGUUGAGUUAUAAAGAAAUUGUCUUUGCUGACUUCACGGGGUGGUGUUCUGUCAUCUUCGGCGUGAACUUUGGUUAAUGAAGGAAGCCUGCAGCUGGCAGGUGUAAUUGCUCCUGUCACUCUGAGAAAGAGGAGAGCACGCGAGACCCACUUCCCACAAGUUGAGCUUGGGGAGCAGUCAUGCAGCUAGGACCUCACGGGCAUGGGAAACGGUUGCCCAGGUCACUGCAAAGGGUUUGGAAAGGAAGAAAUGAUUUCUAACUGUACAUGAGCACCUCUGUACCAGGAGUGUUUCUGUCAUGUGGGUACAGUGUUGGUCUUCUUUUCAGCAUCAUUCCUGUCUCUAAUAGAAAGUGCAUAUUCAAAAUGGUCUUCACCAGUGGGUCUGCUCACUCGCUACUGAAAGUCUCUCUAGAUGAAUAUGUUUGUUUAUAGUCAGUAAUUAUUUUAUAUUUACUAGUUCUUUUUUAAAAAGUUUUCCUAGUGUUAAUAUAAUCAUGUGAAGAAAGCCCAAUGGAAUUCAUAUUAUUUUAUUGUUUUGGCUUUUACUUGGGUGUUUUUUUGUCAAAGGAAAAAAAAAAAAUCCCAAAUAGUGGCUCUAGAUGUAGAUUUACUGUAGAAAGUAAUUACGGAAACCUGUUUAUUCCAGAUUGGAAAGAAGGUAUAGACAGAAACGAGUUGGGAAGAGGAAAUGCACUUGUGGAUCGGCUCCUCAGCUCACCGAGCAGGACGCGUGCCUCGGGCAGCAGUGGUGCUGGCUUCCCGGAGUGUGCGCCGCUUACACGAGGCAGAAUGUGGGUGCUGAGGGGCCUUGGCUUUUUCUUUGGCUGUCUGUGGGGAGAGUGGGGGACAGUUUCCACCCUGGGAUCUCUUCUCAAAGUGUUAUAAAGAAGCUCCAUUGUCCCAUUUUGGGGGAUUCAAGUUUGCUACAUUUUUUAGCCUGACAAUACUGGUAAGUGUUGUCUUAGUGGGAGUCCUGGAAACUUCUGGAAUCUGUAGAUGAAGCGACAGAUGCUUCUCGAGUAACUAGCAGUGACAGCUGUCUGUCACUCCCUCAUUUGCACUUUGUCUGAGUACUUUUCACCCUGUUUUAAGUGUGAGUAAGCCUCUUUAUGUUCUGGCGAAUGGCAUACAGAAGCAGCUUGUUGUAGCAGUUCACUUUACACGGUGGCUCUGUCCCUGGCUCCAGGCUCCAGUCCAUCCUUCUACAUCUGCAGAGUGCUUUCUGUACUGUGUGAUGCAGUAUGACUUUAUGAAAGGAACAGAGCUUUCUUCCUUGGAAAUACCUGUUGGGAUAGCAUUUGCCUCACAGAGCAGUGUUCCCCCCCCCCCCACCUAUGCCAGAUAAAGGAUACUUUUGCAAGCGUGAGGCAUCUCUUCAGAGCUCUCUUCCAGUGUUGGACAGGUGUUCUGGGGGCUUGCUCCAAUCGCUUUAAAUAUCCUCCCAGUUGCCACUUAGUGUGACAUGGCAGGGAUGCCCAUUUCUUCCCUGGUGUCUCCCAGUACUGUCUGAUUUAGAAUGCUCUGUGUGGCAUCCUCUCUUGACAGGCUGUGAUUUCACCCCGUAGGUACCACAAAGAAAGCCUUUCAAGUGUUCUCCUGACUCCGUAGGCCAUUUCCGUAUCCUCAAUAUGGUCAAAUUUUCCCACUUCCCAGUGAUUGGGUGGCCUGGUUGGCUCUCAUGGAACUACACAUGUCCUUGUGCUAUAGGCAAUAACUGUGUAAUCAUGUGUGAGUCUGUCUUCCUUAAUCAUUUUCAGGGCAAAUGGCUUUAAAAAAAUAUUUAAGGGACACAUAAAGAUUAGAGCAAUUAUGAGGGGUUUGUUGGAGCAGGAGACUAAUUUGUAAAACUCAUCGCCUUGAGUCAGCAGAGAGGGAGGAGGUGAAGUCACUGCUCCCAUCUGCCAAUGACUGUCAUGUUUGAGCUUUUGUUUUGUGUUUUCUAUGUUAGCCUUACUCUGAAUACCUACCUAUCAUUUAAAUAUUUAAAUGUAUUUUCUCUCCCUUCUUCUUUUUGUAAAUAAGGGAACAAAGCAAUCAAACACCUUCUGGGGGAUCCUAGCUUGAGGAUUUUAUCAACCAUUUCAAAUGUAAAUGUGAAAAUCAGUCCCUGUAGGAAACUCGCAUCCGAAUUUCUGUUUGUUGCAGUUGAAAAUGUAAAUAAGAUGCUGUAAGACCCUCCUUAAGGUCUAAUGCUAACUGGGCAGUAGCAGGUUGGUUGCCCUAUUUUUAUUAGGUUUUGAAGGUUUUCAUUUUCUUUCUUUCCUAAAUGUACAGUAGAAUGGUGUCCGUGUGUAAGUGUCGACUGUAGUGGGGUUUGUCCAGCAAGCCUGAACUUUAUACUUUGAAAUAAAUGACUGAGUUUUUAACAUUC